ACGGCGCCCGGCUGUAUUCAUAUAUUUAUUGUUUGCGCUGUCACAUCAACAAUUUAUGCUAAAUUCAAAUCCCCGCAUCGGCACAAGCAGUUCGCGCGCCGCCAACGAUUGCCGGGCACCCCGGGGCGUCUGCCGUCUUUUCGCCACCGCCGGCCCGCAUGAGCAGCGCGCCGACAAAUGCCCGAAAAUAGCACCGCCGCCGCUGGGUAUUUAUAAACGCGCGCGUACGGCAAAGGAUGCUGCCCAUCAUGAACCACGGUCUCUUCGAGCAUCACCAGAUCAAAGUGGAGCCGAUCCGAUUCUAUCAGGCCCAGCCGCAACAGCUUCAUCCACUGCAGCAGCCGUACCGCCCUGGCGAACACGUGAGCCACCACCUCAAUUGCCACCCGCACCUUGCAUGCCCGCUUGCCGUUGUCUGCUCUCUAUCUUAGUCCGCAGCUCAGCCUGAUGAGCGAGCCCAGCACGCCGACGUGCGACAUCAAAGAUGAGGUCAUGUCGGAGGGCACCCUCAGCGGGGAUGGCUCUACCGCUGCGAGCAUGCCGAGCGCGCCGCCGGCGAACAAGAUGCAGACGUGCAAGGUCUGCGGCAAGGUGCUUUCCUCCUCAUCCUCAUACUAUGUGCACAUGAAACUGCAUUCAGGCCACAAGCCUUUCCAGUGUACGGUCUGUGAGGCGGCGUUCUGCCGCAAACCCUACCUGGAGGUACACAUGCGUGUGCACACUGGCGAGCGGCCUUUUCAGUGCGACCAGUGCCAGAAGCGCUUCACACAGAAGUCCAGCCUCAAUACGCACAAGCGCGUCCAUACCGGCGAGCGGCCGUACGCGUGCGAGAUCUGUGAUAAACGCUUCGCAGUGAAGAGCUACGUGAUUGCACACCGCUGGUCGCAUGUCUCCGAUAGACCAAUCUCGUGCGACCGCUGCCAGAUGACAUUCACCUCCAAAUCACAGUACGCGCUGCAUCUUCGCACGCACAACUCCAAUAUCUGCUACGAAUGCACCGUGUGUGGCCGGACAUUCGCCAAGGACAGCUACCUGAUUAGGCAUCACUAUCGCGCGCACUCUCAGGACCCUUUCAUCCUCACCCAGGGAACGGUGCGCGGCGUGCCGCACAAAGCUAUAGAUCUGAUCAACAAGUACGGCGCCGGCAUGGGCAACCAGGGCCAGGGUCAACCAUCCGGCGGCAUGGAGGGUCCACCGGGGAAAAACACAUAAAAAUCAUACACUUCCUUGUAAGACACGCGCAAGGAACGUUUUAGCACCAGUCGGUAUACUCAGUUUUUAUGAGUAUAUCGACUGUGUUGCAAAUGACUACCUCAUUUUGAGGAGUUAGGUCAUUGCUUGAGAAUUAUACAUUUUCAAAUUUUAUCUGUUCAAAAUUCUCUACGUUGCCAUCUCGCCCAUGUACAUAGUCAGGAAUCAGCGCCGGGCAUUAAUUGUGAUUAGAAGCUUUAUAAUUAUUAUUACUCCCUCGGAGAGAGUGUAGCGACUAACAGCCACCCUAGGUAGAUAACAAUUAACAUAUUUAUUUGGAACGUGAUCAAAUUGUUUCCGUUGCUGGGAGUUAUGCUCACACGAAGGAGGAGUAUGAAACAUUUCGCUUCCAAAAAUGUAGCCGCUAUAAACGCCACAGCAAAUGCAACACCACAAAAUACACAAUAAUAAGUAGCAAGCAGGAUACCGUUUUGCAAUUCAUUGUACUUACUUUGUCCGUAGACGAAGAUGGGUCGUAGUCUCACACACAAACAUUUCUAGCAAACGCAAAUUGAACAAAAUGAGAUUAGCUUUAAGUACAUAGAAUAUAAUAUGUACCUACAAUGAGUAGAUUUAGUGGUUUUAGAGAACAGUGAGGUGCUUAAAUAUUACUAUAAAUGAAAGCCAUGUACAUAGUGCCGCCGAUAAAAAGGAGCAAAUAUGAAGAGUUAUUUUUCGUACGACGAAAACUAUCCGAUAUGAAUCGUAAAUAUUAAUGAUUAAUAUUGUGAGUGCGUAAUUGAGUGAAUGUGCGCGAUGCCAAUUAGUCGCGGUGCCGGAGAAGAAGGCGAAGGGAGACGGGCCCAGCGUUUGGCUUCACUUAUCUUGCCGAAGCAAUGAUAUGUUUUAGUAUCAUUUUGGUACAAUAUGAGAAUUCUUAAAAAAUUACAGUAAACUGACUGUGUAUUAUAACCGUAUUUAUAGGUUCUUAGUGGCGCGAAAUCGUACACGCAAAUCAUAACAUAUACACAUACAAAAAUAUAUUAUAUAUAAAUAUAUAUAAAAACAUUAAUACAUAUAUAGAAUAUUUAUUGUAAAAAAGUUCAUGUAUGCUUUUUAAAUUAAUAUACAGAUAUGAAAACGGU